AUGAUUAUGCGAAUCAGGUGUGGUCGAUAUAUCAUCUGGGCCUCCAUGCAGCAAUAUUCAGCAGAAGCGUGCGUUUGUUGCAACGGUACAAUCCAUUCGUCAUCCGAGUACGCGUGUUGCAACAACAAGCUUUAUCGUCGCAAAGAUGGCUCUAAGUUGGAAUGCUGCGAUGACAAAGUGUUUGACAAGAACACCCAGGUUUGUUGCAGUGGCAAAAUUACUUCAGUCGCAAAGCCUCGCUUUACCAGCUGCUGUGGUGACACGCCCUAUAACUACUACAAUGAACGAUGCUGUGAUUCAAAAGUCAUUGAUCCAAAGGAGUAUCUGUGCUGUGGUGGACGAGCUAUUGCACGAAUGGGCGACAGAAACAUGGAUUGUUGUGGUAGAAAAGUUUAUAAUAGAACCAAAGGAAUUUGUUGUGAGGACACCUUACAUCAGGGAGAUCCACAACAAUUAUCAUGUUGUCGUGACAAAACGUAUGAACACAAUAAACAGAUUUGUUGUUCAGACCAAGUGAUUUCUCGUGAUAAUUCGUUAUGUUGCAAAGAUCAGAUCAUGAAAAAGACAGGACCCUCUCAGAUAUGCUGUGGUAGCAAAGUUCACGACUACAAAACACAACUCUGUUGUGGCAACGAUAAAGAAACUUUUGUAUAUUCUCGUAAUGGCUCCAUUGAUCUCGCUUGUUGUCGAGAGAAAUCUUUCCAUUAUUCAAAACAACUUUGUUGUGGUGGUAAGGUCUAUUCCAAAAACGAAUAUGUAUGUUGUAAUGACAAAGCUUAUCCCACCAACGGAGAUAAGCUGGGUUGUUGUUACGACAAACCAAUUGAUUAUAGUAAGCAGAUAUGUUGUCGCAAGCUUGGUGUUACAGAUGUUAAUGAUCCAGACAAAGCCAGAUGCUGUCCUGCAGGUGUCAUCCAGGAUUACAGAAAGAGCUUUUGCUGCGAUGAUAAAAUCGUCGACUACAAUGGCAAUAAAAACUUGGAUUGUUGUGCGAAGACUACAUACGAUAUGCGAACCCAGAUUUGUUGUCACGGAAAACUUUACCCGAGGGGGAAAUCAUCCACCUUGCAAUGUUGUCAUGAUAAACCGAUGAAUUAUUCUAGUCAAAGAUGUUGCAGUGGUAACAUUAUCUCUAAAGACCGGGGUUUGUGCUGCUACGGAAAAGUUUACCUAACAGACGGCAGUAAGACCCUCGGGUGUUGUGGAAAGUCUAUGUAUGAUAGAAAAAAUGAAAUAUGUUGUAAUCAGAAGGUGUCACCAACGAAUGGCAAAAAGAUGCAAUGCUGCGGAGGACAGCCGUACGAUACAGAAAAAUUUGUGUGUUGUUACAACAACAAACUGCAAGCAAGAGUCGGACUUAAGACAAAAUGUUGCUCAGAGAAAGCGUACAACGCUGAAACUCAUUAUUGCUGUUGGCCCAACAUCACUCCCAGACCUAAAUACCCCGCAACGCGUUACAUCGAAUGUUGCAAUGGAACUGCUUACGAUUUUGACCAACAGUUUUGUUGUUCUGACAAAAUCUACCAGAAGAAACCUAAAGAUCUUCCUCUUAGUCUUGGGCAGAGCUGUUGUGGUGGUAAGGUUUUUGACAAGUCGAAAGAUCUGUGUUGCUGGCCAAAAGUCUAUCCAAACGGUCUUUCCAGUAAGGUCUGUUGUGGUGGAAAAGCACACGAUAAAAAUCCUUGGGUUUACAGUUGUUGUGGAGUUAAGUUGUAUACUAUUGCCAAAGAAAUGUGUUGUUAUAAAGGCACAAUUCAGAGCAAGAUUUAUGGAGAUGAUAGCAGAUGUUGUGGCACUCAAGUUUAUGACAGGAACCAGAAAUCCUGUUGUAACUAUUUAGAAGAUCGUUUCUGCUAAAUAAUCCGAAAUACCUCCAACCACGGAAAACUAAGAAACACAACACUCUGAAUUUAUUGAUUGUUGUAAUGAUUCUUUGCAAGAUUGAUUUACAAAUGAUUUUUAGGUGAUAAAUUAUUAUAAUAAUGAUACACAAUACGGGUGAAAUAAUGACGACAAAU